ACAAAAGAGUGGCCGCGGCAGCACAAACUCAACGAAACAGAGACCACCGUGCGGCUGAGCACUUCAGACGGAGCUGGCGUUGGGCACCUAGAGAGAGAGAGAGAGAGAAAACAGAGAGAGUUAACGUGAGGGAACGAGGAACGGAGAGGGAGGCAGUGGGGAAGGUUCAGCAUGGCUUACCGAGAGGCACACGGCGGCCUGGGCUGGCACGAUUGGCGUUGUUGAAUGGCGGACGGGCAGAGAGACCACGGUGGGGAACUAGUCCUCUGUUUCGAUGCUUGAAAACAGGGCCUUCGGUGAUGGUGGGAUAGCUUUACAGUGUUGGACGGCUGAGGAAGACGGGUCAUCGGACGUCGGGCUGGCGGCUUGUGGUGACAUUUCCGUGUGUGAGGGUGGCUGACGACUGAGCAGAAGAUGGCAAAUAAUCCGCGCAAAAGAGGGAAUGAAAAAUAAGGUUCGAACAUUUCAUGUGCUAAGUUAAAUAGGUGGCAAUAACUUGGAACUCUUCUAACUCGGUGAUCAUUUUAGCUAGCACGAAACGAGUUGGCAAUACAUUCCAAGCAAUUUCCGUAAGAGUAGCUCAAUUCAGUCCAUCAUUUUGUUUUCAGUUUCCACAUUUGUUCCCACUCUUUGAUCCUAGGCCCCCAAAACCACUGAAACCGACAGUCCAUGUAAAAUAAAUGUGGUUAUUAAGGCAUUUUGCAGGUUUCUUCGGAGUAAUAUGUGGGUGUAUAUAUUAGUCCUAGUCAUUGUGGAAUACAAACUCUUCCACGCGGUAUAGUUAAUGCUCUCACCAUCUGCGAUAUUUUUCCUUUUUAAAAGUCUUCCCAACGUAUUAGUAUAUAUUUCAGUAGAAAAAUAGAGAAAAUAAGAGUGAGUAUUUUAUGCCAACAAAAAAACAAGCUGAAUAAUUAGCAAGAAAUCAUGAAUCGAGGUGUGUGGCAAUGUUCUCCAGUCAGGAGUAUUAUAUAUCUUUGGUGAAGUGUUUGAUGUGGGCGCUAGUAAUUUUUGUGCAAAUCCAUGAGCACAAAGGUUGCUUGGAGGAAGAGAGGGUCAAUCUGAUACGACUGAAGGCGUUUCUGAAAUCCAAUGCUGAUAUUGGCGACCGUCUUCCCUCCUGAAUUGAAGAUGCAGAUCAGAUGAGCAGUGACUGCUGUGGUUGGGAGCAAGUCUCGUGCAACUCCACCACGGGUCAUAUCGUUGGACUCUCCCUCAAUCAUAUCACCGAUACAACUAAUUGGUUACUAAAUGUGUCCCUGUUUCGGCCCUUCAAGGAGCUAACGAGUCUUGAUUUGUCAGGCAAUCAAAUAGGUGGUUGCAUAGCUAAUGAAGAUUUUAGAUAUGAGUGGAAAUCGCUUCACUGGGAGUAUUUCUCCAUAUAUUGGGGCACUAUCUUUGACGAAGGAUAUAUUGCUAUCUGACAAUAAUUUCAAUGGAGCUUUCCCUACUGAAGAUUUGUGCAGAUCGAAGAAACUUGAAGAGUUGGAUAUUUCUGGCAUAAACAAUAUGUCAUCACUAAGAGUGUUGGAUAUAUCUGGUAACCGUUACAUUGGUAACUGUUUCACAAACAUAUGUUCCGAAUAGGUAUAUCUAUUAUACCUGAUCCCAAAUAACGCAUCCUUUGGACUUGGUCCAAUGGUUACACGCCCCUCCACCAUCUAGUUGGUACUGGUUUGAGUCCCAGUAGAUGCUCUUAAGGAUUUAAAAUUUUUCGUUGGACUGUAGUUCCUGUGCCUUGCAUUGCUAGGCCGCACGCCAGGCCCAUGUAGAGGGAUAGGGAUGUCCAUCCCCUCAUUAAAUCAUUAAAAAGCUUUUAUUGACUAGGGUGAACCUUGCCCUUUCGCUCUACCAUGGGCUUCACUUCCACUAGGCCGAUGGAUGGCUUAUGGUAUAUAUAUAGACCGAAUUUAUUAUAACCA